CUAGUUCACAUACUACAUUUUAGUGAAUAAUGCAAAUUAUUGAACUGUUCGAUCCAUUAUUAAAUAAAAAUCGGUGUUUCAGGGAAUCAUUCAGAUCAGCUACCUGUGAAUUCCUUCAUUUUAGAUAAUCUUUUUUCUUCCAUAUUUAAGAGAAAUAACUGUUUGCCGAACACGUGUCAUUGGUAUUCUUGAUAAAUAUGAAUUACCUCUUACUUACCCGGGAAUCCUUGGAUAUAGGUUCCAUUACAGACUUGGCUUCUUCUGAUGCCUGUGGAACUACCUCGUUAUUUGUUGGUACCACGCGCAGUUCAUUAGGUGGCAAAAAAUUACUAUCUUUGGAAUUUGGAGCAUGUGAAUCUAUGGCCGAAAGGGAAAUGGAAAAUAUAUGUGGAGAAUUACGAUUUCGUUGGUCCGAUAUAUGCAACAUAGUAAUAUAUCAUCGUAUUGGUCUGGUGCCAAUAGGUGAGGCUAAUGUUGUUAUAGCAAUUUCGUCAACGCAUACAAAAUCAUCUCUAGACGCUAUAGCCGUCGUAAUCGAUGAACUGAAGAGACGUGUACCAAUAUGGAGAAAAGAAAAAUAUGAAGGAGACGAAUUUACAAUGUGUGUUGAAUCUAUCGAAGCAGAAACAUUCGAUGAAAAGUUGUGUGACAUACAAGAACAUGUUUUGCCUUCGAAAUUUGUGCAAAUUUCCGCAAGUGAAACGGAAAUCAAUAGGCGAAUACAAAGCUUUAUUGAACGCAAACGUGAAGAAAUUGAUAUCAAUAACAUUGUUGAUUAUAUAAAUCCCAAUUAUACAGCUGAAAAUCCCAACGAAGAAACAUCGUCAUGUGCUCGCAUUAGCGGUACUGUAAUAAAACAGGAAAAUUCCAAAUGUCAUUUAAAAGUUCGCCAAAUAGAAAAUAAAAUGGGACCACAAGUACUACAGGAUUAUUUAGAAACAUUAGAUUCUUUAAUGGAUUCGAAGCAAAAUCAGAAAAUCAAACAAGAAAAGAAGGAAUCACCAACAAAUACGUUGUCAACAAAGCCAUUCCAAUACGCUCUGCUGGAGAGAACACGAGACAUUGAAGAAUAUUUAAAUCUAAACAAUGCGGAACAGAAAACUAUUCACCAGCGUUUGAAAAAUAUGGAAGAUCGUAUAUUAUUCUUAGAAUCCAUAUCUCCAGAAUAUUACCAUAAUCUUUUUGAUAAAUCACAAAAUAAAAUUAGUAUUAAUGAAAACAUUUCUGUGAGUUCCACGGAUAUGUAUAAUACAACAAAUGGUUCUUCUAUAAAACCCACAUCAGCCAAUGCCAAGAAAGUCUGUCGUAAAGUAUAUGCUGUGGAAGAUAUAGAUCGUAUAAUUGAAGCUGAGUCACAGCAUAUUUAGAUAAAAUUAUAAUGAUAUUUUAUAUAAUGUUGUAAAAUAGUUAUUUAUCUUGUUAAGUCUAAAUAUACGUUCAAAUGUAGUAGAACACCUACGUAGUCAAAUUCAAUCCGAUCAAGUAAAGAUUGUUCAAUUAAUUUCAGUACACAAAGUAGUAAAAUAAAUUAUCGUAUAAUCCGAAAACAUGAUUAUACGAAGUUAUAACCAUAAAAUUUGUUAGGACCGGUAUAUGACGGAAUUCGAUUGCUAUAGUUUAAGAGCAAAUUUGCUCUAUGAUGGAAUUAAGAUUAUGAGUUAAUAUUCAACCAUUACAACAUAUGUAUGGACAAAAAUUAGACUUUGUAGCGAAAUAAAUAGUUUUGAUAACAGUUUUACCUUCUCUUGUUGUACCAUGGUAGCAUAGCAAGUUUUUAGUAACAUUCUGUCGUUUUGGACAGAUCCAGAAAUUUCGAUCACCUUUCGGUCUAUAUAAAAUUUAAAUAAAUGAGAUUAAAUUUUUGCAUCUAAAUUUGGAAAUGACACUAAGCGGGCAUAGACAAAGGGCUGUAAAGUAGUUUUACAAACCAUUUUUACGUAUAUAUUGGACCAUGGAUAAAACGAAUGAAAAAGAGAAUUGCUUUGCUCAGAAAGUACGGAACUGAAAUACUAAUAAAAAUCUCAAAAUUAGAUGGCAAUCCUUUAAAAUCCAGAUAAAAACCAAUCAGAAACUACUAGCAUAGACAAAUAAAGAUAUAGACAACGAAAA